AUGGGCGACGAAUUACACAACCGUUUACUUCACCAAAACGAUGGCACCAAGGACGCCAUACUUUAUAAGAUAAUAGAAUCGUUAGUUUGCUCCAUCUGCCACGAUUAUAUGUUUGUACCGAUGAUGACACCUUGUGGUCAUAAUUAUUGCUAUGGUUGUCUGAACACCUGGUUUGCCAGCAAUACUCAAAAAGAAUUGGCUUGUCCGCAGUGCAGAUCUGAUAUUACCACCAUUCCCGCAUUGAAUACAACGUUGCAACAGUAUCUAUCAUUCAUUUUAGAGAAAUUAAGGGACCAGAAUGAUGAAUCUUUUAAAAAACUUUUAACAACUAAAACCAAGGAGGAAAAUGAUUACAAGAAUGACAAGGAAAAGGACACAUUGUUUGACAAAGUAUUUAAGAAUAGCGCAUUGGCAGUGGCCGACGACUCGGAUGAUGGUAUCACACGUUGUAGUAAUUGUCAUUGGGAAUUAGACCCAGACGAAGUAGAGGACGGAAAUGUUUGUCCCCACUGCAAUGCCAGAAUACGGAAUUACGCAGGUGGUCGCGACGAAUUUGAUGAAGAAGAAUACAGUGAAGGAGAGUUGGAUGAAAUCCGGGAAAGCAUGCGUAGGCGUAGAGAGAAUCGAUUUGCGUCUACCAAUCCGUUUGCUAAUAGAGAUGAUGUAAGUUCUGAAGACGAUGAUAGCAGUGAAGAGGAGCCCAUGCGAGAACAUAUCCCACUAGGCCGUUGGGCCAGGUCACAUAAUCGUAGUAUUGCUGUGGAUGCUGUGGAUGAUGAAGACGACGAAGAAGAGGAUGAGGAAGAAGAAGAGGAGAUGGAUUCCGAUUUGAAAGAUUUUAUAGAGGAUGAUGAAGAUGACGAAGAUGAAGAUGGAAGUAGGAGGAAUUUGGUAUUGUCUGCACUCAAGAACAGACAUGUAAUUAUUACUGAUGAUGAGGAAGAGGAGCAACGGCGACAUGCUACAGAAGAGGAAGAUCGCGAUAGUGACUUUUACGAGCAUAAUGAUGAUGGUUUUGUAAGUGGUGAUAGCCUUGAUGAGGAUCAGAAGGAGGUUACACGGAUACAAUCGAGUUCUGAUUCCGAAGAUCGUUCACUUUCGUAUUCCGGCUCCAGCGAUGUCAAGGAUAACAAUGACGAUAACACGGAAGAAUUAGAUGACCCACAACCGAAAAGGCAGAAACGCUUCCGUGUAGUUCUAGGAGACAGUGACGAUGAAUAA